AAAAGGGCAGAAUGAUUGAUGGUCGUAAAAACGUUGGACUUUAAAUGACGAUAAGUAACACAUGAAAUAUAAUUAUCACACUGCACGAUGUAAUGCCCUUUUAAAAACAAUGAUAUCUCAGUAAUAGUAAUAUUCGCAAAUGACAAAGAGUAUUCUAUUCUGAUCGGUCCUGCUGUUUACAGGCAACGAAAAUGGCGGCCUGUGGCACAUUCUCUUGUCUUGUUUUCCUUAUUUUUUCUCUAACAGUUUGUUAUUCGCAAAUACUACCCGAUUUCACGGACUAUGUACAAAUUGAGAGUUGUGCUGAUGGUACUAGUCCAGAUCAACCUCGAUAUUUCAAUGCAGUUACACUCAAAUGCGGCAAUUGUAGGGCAAAUAGCACUGUUCAGCGAAGAAGCGCCAACGGUCUAACAUGCGAGUGUCAACCUGGUUAUAGAUAUGCCAAAAAUUUUGGUGGAAAGGAAGUAACCUGUGUGGCAUGUGGAGCUAACCAGGCUGUGUCAGACGAUGGCUGGGAAUGCGUGGAGUGUCCCGGUGUAACCAGCGCAGCCACGGGGACUUGCGAUAAAUGCUUGGGAGAUCGAGAAGUAAAUGUGCUACGCCUUUUGGAUGGGAACUUUGCGACGGCGACAGCAUCAGGAGUAGGUCAGGUCACGUGUCAGACGUGUAGUGCGGACACACAGCCCAAUGAUGGUCUCGACAGGUGUGACCGUUGCAGCACCACCCUGAGUAUCCGGUCUGCUGGGGGCUGUGACUGUGACAGUGCCACAGAGGAGCAGCUGAAAGACAUUUGUUUUCAGAAGUCAUCCCUCCCUGCAGAUUACAAUGCUCCAUCGUUGUCUCAGAUCACACUAGAGAAUUCCCAGUCCGUGUCAUCUGCGUAUCUGACAGAAAAUGUCAUUGCUGAGUUCAUCUUGUGCAAGGACUACAACAACUCGAUGUCAUGUCAGUCUCUGGCCAACAUGUGUGUGCUGACCAUGUACCAGGGCAGCUUCAGUCCUGCACGGCUUGCUCAGGCGUGUUACCUCCUGACUGUUGAGAUACCAAAUUCGCUCAUCUACUUCGACAUCAAGCCGCAAAUCUUUAUCCAGGACGAUGCGGAGGAUGUGCUGUAUUCGAAGGAGAUCCGCACUCAAUGGACCGUGGACCCACCAACGACCUUCCCCUUCCUGGUGGGCCAGUUUUCUCUGGACGGAGUCUUCGAAGGUUUUCAGGAGAUGACCGGAGGCUUUCUGCAGCUGUGUGAUGCCUCUGAGAAUUUCCUCAAUGCAGCAUUCGUGUUUGGCACGUACUACAGUCACUCUUGUUCCAUUCCGGCGCUGUCGCUGUGGGACCCUGUCAAGUAUCCCCUCAAGUUCUACGAAAUUUACCUGCGGUACACGUCUGACGGUCGGGAGACGUUAUACCGUGUCCCAGUGAAGAUUCUGAACUACCGAAACUUCCGGGGGAAUAGAGUCAAUGAAGGCUCAGACAUCGGGGAGUGGAAAUUGAUGCGCAGGUUUUUCCUGGUAGACAACGUGGCAACCCAGUCACCAACUGACUCAGCUGAAGUUCUCGGUGAGCUACACAAUGACUCAGGAGGACUACACCCGCAGCUUCCAGAUUGCCACGGGUACCCUCAGCUGUUUUGCCGUCAUCUUUGCCGGCUACCGCACCUACGUCUGGAACAAGAGAGCCGGCCGGCUGACCAUCGACUUCCCCACUUUGGUCAACUUCAUCUUCAACCUGUGCAACUACCUGGGCAAUGCCUUCUUCGCCAUCGUCUUUGGCAUCGCCUUUUACUUUUUCAUCUUUUUCAAGUCCAAGCGCAAGAUCAACAGGGUUUUCCAGAUUUUUGCUGUGGUGUUCUUCCUCCACGUGGUGGGCUUUGAGGACACGACGACCAAAGAUCCGGACGGGUCAGUCGGCAAAUCUGGCGACACCUACAUGAGUGAGCAGAGCGAAGUUUUCCGCAUGGCCCUGGCCACCCUGGUCUAUCUGCUGGUUGACAUCGUCCAGGUGAUUUUCUUUCUGUUUAUCUACGAGCGAUUCAUCUCGGACGACAUCCGCGAGUUCGUGGAUCUGUGCUCGAUGAGCAAUGUGAGCGUGUUCAUCAUGGCGCACGGGGAGUUCGGCUACUACAUCCACGGCCGCUCGGUGCACGGUCGUGCAGACGUCAGCAUGAGGGAGAUGUCCGAGAUGUUGGAGAGAGAAGUGUCUCUGCGUGAGGUUGACUACGUGGUGAAGGAAAAGAGCUUUGUGGAGAAGAUCUUGGACACUGAAUUUUUGGAACUUACAGACAAAGGAAUUUUUUACAGUGAUAACGGCCACUCAUUCGACAACAUCCUGUUCUACGGCAACGAGCUGACGCUGGUGGUGUUUGACACGCUCUUCUUCUGUAUCGUGGACCUCAUCUUCCAAGACUUUGUCCUGGCCGGCGUCAUCACUUUCCUGGCAACUGAGCUCAUCUGCCAGGCAAGAGAAAUGGGCGGGAAGAAAAACCUGGCCAAGAAAACUCUGGUUGAUGAACGGUUCCUCAUCUAGACGUCGCAACAUUCAAACCUCAUGUAGACAUCCUCACGUCAGCACCUUUUAGCAGGAGUGAAGUGGGUGGAGGGAGAUGGGGUGGGGGGGGGGGGACUGUAUGUUACCGAUUGCACAGACUUUCAUGGUGUUCCUUGGUUCACACUGGACGGAGAGGAAGAGGAAUGAUUCCACUUCACUCCCCCAUCAUCAUCAUCAUCAUCAUCAUCAUCAUCAUCAUCAUCAUCAUCAUCAUUAUCAUCAUCCUUUCUUUUCGCCAACCGGAGUAUAGGUCACCAACAAGAACUCUUGAUGUUCUAUCCUGGACUCCACGUCUGUCCAGCUGUAUUCCAUCUCCUUUAGGUCUGAAUCCACGGCCCUCUCCAAGUACUGUUAGGCCUUCCUCACGUUCUUUUUCUAUGUGGCUUCUAUUUUGAGGCUUAAUGGGUUUGUUAUUGGUUUUCUUAUGGACUGUCCAAUCCACUUCCAUUUUCUCUUUGAUUUCUAUAUCUUUUUCUGUUAAUUAGUUUGCUCUCAUAGUUGAAUUAGUUGUUCAUUUCUUAUUGUGCUGUGCCAAAGUAUGUUUUAGGAUUUUUCUGGAGCAGCUGUUAAUGACUGCUUGUAGCUUUUUAGAAGUUUGUUCACAAAAUUUCUGUGUUUCUCCCUCUCCCAGACCUUCCUAGAUUGUCUUGGAGUAAACAUGUGGUUGUUGUUUUUGGUCAAGGGCAUGAAUUUUGCUCUGUUUCUGAAAAAGUGUAGGAUAUUUUCCACCAGCUGUAACUGGUUUUGACUCCCAAGUUACCCGGUCGGCUGAGAGUUGAGCAGGGACAAUGAGGUUCGACAGUUGUGUGCCUGGUAAGAAAGCAUGUUGCCCACGGUGAGUGGGCGUUGUGUUUCUUGUUCCUAUCCCCGCCUCCCGCACAGCGGAACAACGUACAUUCCUCACAGAGAUUUCCACAGAUCAAAAUUGUUGUUGACAAUUGCGGUUGCUUUGUUUUGGUGAACAACCAUGUGUUUUUGCACGGCGAUCCGUCCACUUUAUGGAAAGAUUUUUGACUGGUUUUAUUGUUUGAUGAUGAUAUCAUUAUUUGCUACUUAGAGCCAAUUAUAGGCACUUGUGAUUUUUGGAUGACUUUUUAAAAAAGGACCUGAUGUUUUGUGUAUUUGUAAUAUCAUCAUGCUGUUGUGUGAUACAAGCUGAAGUGAAAAACCCCCCCAAACAAAACAGUACUUUUUCUGUAAGCUUGUAGUGGGAUUUGCCUUUCUAGAGUACCGGUAACACUAGUUACAGUUAAAUGUUAUUUCUCUCCUCUUUAAUCUUAAAUCUGUUCAUCAUUGGGUUGGCUUCAUGGUCUCUGAGUGGUACAAAUGCCAGGUUUAAGAAAACCCUUGCCAUUAUGAAAUGUUUGCUGACUCAAAUGUUUGUUCGUGAAGUGACUAUCUGCCAGAAAUGUCUCCCAGUGUUGGUUCUGUAGCUUCUCAAGUUUUGCUCAAGCUGGAAGACGGACCCAUCAUAUGGGUUGGAUGCUUGUUUGAGAGUUCUGCGUGCAUCAUGAAGGGGAUUUAGCUUUUGUAAAUGUUGAUAACAUGGGAUGUUAUAAGGCGAUUGAUUUGUAAUAUAUCAGUUUUGAUGACUUUGAUUUUUGAUGUGCAGCAGUUUACAGUAUAACACGGAUAGCUCGAAUUCAUCGGGACUGGACUCGGUAGUUCGAGGGAUCCGUAGUUCGAGGGAUAUCUUACAAAGAUAAAGAAGAAA